AGAGGAGCGAAGUAGCAAUAACUGCACGCUGUUCAGGCGUAUCGACCGGCGCUUCUUGUUUGCUGGGCCAGUUCGGCAGGAUACCAGUGAUUUUCGGAAACCCCAACCUAAAACUUUAGCUAGUGUCAGGUUGCCCGCCAUCCUCCUGAAGUAAUAUCCUACCCCACGCGGAAUUUUGACUAUUUGAUCACACUCCCUCCGUCAUCGAACCCCCGCUUUACUUUCCCUGCUCCGCCUGGAUAACCAUUAUUUCCGAGUACCACCGUUUCCAAUGAGAUUCACCAACCCCGCCAUUUGACAAUGGAUGCAAGGGCAACGGAGCUUCUGGCGACGCUGCGAAACGGCAACGUUUCCGUCGAUGUCAAAACCACCACUCUCGCGAAACUCAAAUCAGAAAUCAAGCAAAAGCAUGUCCCAGACGCAGCUAUCUCCCCCCUAUUCGAAUCGUUCCGACUAGCGAUCGCUUCACAGCAUUAUUCUCUCUCUUCGGCCGGGUUUUCUGCACUUGGACAUUUGCUGAAGCGCCUUACACUUCAAGAGCAACAUGAAGCGAUCGCGCUCCAAGGCCGUGCCACUUAUCAGCUGCUGCUCGAAAGACUGGGCGAUCACAAAGAACGAAUACGAUCUCAGGCUGCACAAGCCUUUACGGACUUUUGGCCAGCCGCCUCAGCUGACGUAGAGCAUCAUGUUCUCGGGGCGGCUUUGAUCGGUAAAAAUGCCAGGGCAAAAGAAACGAGCAUGGUCUGGCUCGCGAAGAUGACACGCGAAUAUGGUCUGCUCUUCCGUAUCUAUGUGCCGGCCCUCGUUACUUGUCUCGAAGACGCGGACGGGGUCGUGAGAGACACGGCGAAGUCGACAGUGAUAGAGCUAUUUCAGAGUGCCCCGCCUCGAGCUAUAUCGGAUCUGAAAAAGCAGCUCAUCCAAAAUAACGUGAGAAAGUCAAUUGCGACCUCGAUUCUUUCUAGCCUGGGUGCCAAUAUCGUUGCCGAUUCCGAGACGUCUUCCUCAUUUCAGUCGCAGUCAAGGUCCGAUAUUACUAGACCUGCUACCAGUUUUUCUCAUCGCCGUGAGGAGGUACCGCGCUCGCAGUCCGUUCUUUCCAUGCGCUCACACUCAAACGCUGAUGUACACAAUAUUCCUAAAAUUGAUGCCGCCUUCAAGAGUCAAUCGAAGCCAACGAGGAGUGGUCAUUCUAGCAAGGACCCAACUUUAUCUCACACGGCUAGCUCUGAAUCCCUUCCAGCACCACGCCAAGACACAACGGAUGGGGAGGGGUUUGAGCCGCUUUAUAUUAAUUCGCACCGGGAAUUUGACGAUAGUAUUCGUGAGAUGCUCCCUCAUUUUGAAGGGAAAGAGUCGGAACAAAAUUGGAUCCUCCGUGAGAAGAGCAUCAUGACGCUUCGUAGAUUGACCAAAGGCAAUGCUCCACAUGAUUAUCAACAGUAUUAUCUCGCGGGCAUCAAAAGCGUGCUGGAUGGAAUCUUGAAGACUGCCAACUCGCUGCGUACAACCCUCUCAGCCGCGGGUUGCUAUUUACUUCAAGACAUUGCUCGGACUUGUGGUCCCGCCAUUGAUCCCAUGGUCGAAAUCCUCCUCCAAAGUCUGAUCAAGCUCAGUGCUGCGCUUAAAAAGAUCACCGCUCAAAAUGGCAACGUUACGGUAGAUGUUAUCAUUGGGAACGUCUCAUACACCGCUCGAAUUUUACAGCACAUCUGGGGAGCAUGCCAAGACAAAAAUGUCCAGCCGCGCCAAUUCGCAACAGGUUGGAUUAAAACAAUCAUCAUCCGACAAGGCAAGCACAAAGGGUCAAUCGAGCAUAGUGGAGGACUGGAUCUCAUCGAAAAAUGUAUCAAGAAAGGCCUAGGUGACCCUAACCCAGGCGUAAGAGAGAGUAUGCGUGGGACCUUUUGGGCUUUUUACAGCGUUUGGCCUGAAAGGGCCGAUGUUAUAAUGUCUGCUUUGGAACCAAAAUCGAAAAACCUUUUGGAACGGGAUCCUAAUAACCCCCACCGUGGCGUAGCCUCUCAAUCCUUUGAUGGUUCUCGAGGAAGUCAGCCUCACUCUACGAAAUCAAGUCUCAAAGAGGCCAUUAAUGCACAGAAGAAAGCCCGUUUAGCGGCAUCAAGUAACGUUCCUUCUCGGCCUGAAUCUGCACAGUCCUCGUUCCCCGACCCAAAGUCAGGCCGGCCUGCCCCUCGUAGGCCGACAGGCACUUCCACUAUUCGUGUGCCAACAGGGGAAAAAUUAUCGCAAAGUGCAUCUUUGUCAUCAGCUCCCAUGCGACCGGCAUCUCGUCCCCGACGGCCAGAACUAGUAAGGCCUGCUACCGCCGAUCCCUAUUCUUCUCGCAGAUCUGCCGCUCCUACCGCACAAUCCAAAGCGUCAAGCCCAUCAGACAGCCCUCAGAAAUCAAAGUCAAAAUUAAUGACAACUCCACGCUCGCGAAAUCCACUCGCUCGGCCUAAAUCGAGAAUGGACAACGCAGCAAAUGUGACAAAUGAUAAGCAAAGAGCGGAUCCAGCUGCGACGCUGGCACCCAAAAUGCGCCGCAGGGGGCCUUCGGAGCCGGACGUUGUGUCGGCGGCUGCCAGAGCAAGAAUCGCAAUCCUGAGUCCUUCAAGGACGGAAGGGGACUUCAGCGUGGCCUCUUCCCAAGUUAAAAUAGAUCACAAGGCCGAAGAAGCUUUUCAGGGUACUCCUACUAGGGGAAUUGAGAAUGGCACGCCCUUGCCAGCGUCUCCGCUGCGUUCACCUCUGAAAGGAGCUUUUAGCACUCCUACUCGUAACCGUAAGUCGAGCGACGGAGCACCUCCCUCGCGAAUUCCCAUCUCGCCUUCAUAUAGUUCCCGAAAAAGUAGCGAGGAGCCAAUGUUGCCUCGCACUCCUCUCGACAGCCGACGUUCAAGGGGCGAAAGUGAUGGGGCUGCGUCACAAAUUCCAGCUCCCGUUGACCAGUCCCCCAUUAUCGAUGCUAUAAAUUCGCAAGCCCCAGGCAUUUUGAAAGUUUACGAAGACCCCCAGUCUCCACAUUCUAAACACUCUAUCGUCCUAGGUGAUACGGUUCCGAAAACGCCGGGGUCCCAGGCAAAGGUGAUGCCGCUUGAAGAAUUACCGCUCAACGAGUCUACAACUGUCCCUAACCGGAAGCACAACCAAUUACCCGAGCACACCCCUUUGCUUCAACCUAGCCCAAUCCUUACUCCAUCCAGCGAAAAUUCACACCGGCGAUGGAAGAAAGUCGAAGGCUCCGAAAGACGAAGAAGCCUUAGUCCACGGUCAAAGGAUCCUGUGAAAGCACAGGAUAUGAUCACGCGUGGAUUGGCUCGAAUUCGCACAGGUGCCUUAGAUGUUCAUGGAUAUAGGAAAUUCCAGAACCUCAUCAAAUAUCACGAGUCUAUAUCCAAGGAUGACACCAAAUAUGAAGACAUCUUAAUGGCACUAUUGGAAGCGCUAGAAAAGCCAGAUGGAGAUAAAGGCGCUCCAUCCGGUCGUUCUCUCGACCUCAAGACACAAGUGCUCGUUACCAUCCGACUAAUGCUUGUUAUUAAUCGGGAGGCGUUUGCAGCCUUUUAUCCUAGAGUCAUGACGGCCAUAAUCACAGCACGUAAACAAUACGAAUUGACUAACCAUAUUGUCAGUGGUUUGGAGGAGACAGCCGAAGACAUUGUUAGCGCUUGCAACCCUCCGCAGGUCAUAGACGCAAUUUUAGACUUGCUCGAGACGGAAGAGAGAUCUUUCGAAAGUUACAGGAUGGUUGCUAUGGGUAGCUACAUCCUCAGUGGCCUGUUACGCAGACUAAAUAACCAAAAACUAUAUCUUUCGCAAGCGGAACUAGAAAGACUCGGGAAAUUUGCGAACGAAAACCUGAGGAGUACCCAGCCGGAUGUCCGGCGAGCGAUAAUUGAUUUCUGUCCGGAGCUGUACGAUAUGGUCCAGUCAGAAGAUGCUUUUUGGUCCAUGGUCAAUUCGUCUGUGGAAGACUUCCGGCCGCUGUUGACGUACUACAUCAUGCGACGACCAGAGAAAAUUGGGUGAUACUGAUUGUGGCACUGGUUGUGUUUGGUUGAUCCAUUACUCUUUUUAAUCUGAUAUCUUCAUUUUCCUCUUAUUCUUGUUGUCCGGAAAACUCCCAUUCUUGAUAUCCAUGUCGUCGAUUUUUGAAUUUUCUCAACUGCUAUCCUUUCUAGUAGUUCAGCGUGCGGGUCGCUGAUUGUAUUUUCAUUUUUUUGUUACUAGGUUUGGAGUUUGAAGGUGAGAUGAGAGUUAUCAGCAUUUCGCUACUUCGGGGUGUUUAGGAGGAUAGUUCUAGCGGGUGCUGGGAGCCUGAGAGCUUGUAUGAUACCUUUGUGGAGCGUAUAUGUAUAGCUUUUAUUAAUACCACCCUUUUUAUCCUUCUUGUCCCGUAGGGUGAGGGAAUAGAUUCGUA